AUGUGCCCUGCGCACCCUUCCACUGGCGCUGAACCCCCAUCCAAGGAAUUGCCUGACGACGUUGCCUCUCUACGAGAUGUUUUGGUCAAGCUCGCAGACGAGGGCCGCGACUUGGUCGUGGUGGCUCACUCCUAUGGCGGCGUCGUAGCCUCAUGCGCUGUCGAUGGAUUAAGCAAACAAGCUCGCGAGAAGGAUGGUAAGUCGGGAGGUGUUAUAAAAGUGAUUUACCUCGCCGCAUUUGCCUUGGACAAGGGCCAAAGUUUGUUGGGCAUGCUAGGUGGGAACUUUUUGCCUUGGAUGAAAAUAGAGGUGAGUCUAUAG